CCUGAACUUCCUUUCACAGUGUUGAUCCCUCUCUUUCCUUUCUUACUACUGGGACUCAUCUUCCCGGCGAAUUUGCGAUAUGGACCCAACAACACUAAACUGCGCGGAAUGCGCCUCCAAAUUGUCAGAACUACUGGAAGGAUUCUUGACCAACGCCUACAAUGACGACUCAUGGCGGGACUUGGAGCUGAUCGCCCAACAUCUCGCCAAUUCUCUGCGCAAGAGACAUGGACCUGAGGAUUACCACACGCCAUUGGGAUCUACUACUCUGCCACAAGAUCUUACCUCUCUCUUGGGUGUUGCUCUGAAUGGUGCACCCGUACCUGACGAUGCUCGUGCACCAGCUGUCCUUGAAAUCCUUCGCGUUGGUGCCAACUUAUGUGUUGACCACGAUCAAAACAGAGGGAAUCUAUUAGAGGCCGGCUUUCCACAGGCUGUGGUAUCGUUGUUGGAAGGAUAUUCAGAACUGGCACCUUCUAGCCCUCGGGCGAAUCCAUUGCCACUAUCUAUCCCGCACUUGGAGGUCAUCAAGACCGCCAUCGGUGUUUUGUUAAAUACAUCUCUUGGUUUCAAUUCUGUCAAAUUCAGACUGAUAUCCCUGGAAGUUGCCAUGACACUCGUACGACUAUCGUCGGCCUUAUACCCUGUCGGCUCUUGGAUGAGAUGCACGACCAACUUGUUCCCUGACGAUCUAGCUCCUGAAGAAGCACCAAUCCUAAUAGCCGAGUCUUGGAAUAUUCGUAUUUCGCUUUCAAACUGGGCAUGGAGACUCAUCACAGAACUCAGAGAUGAUGAGCACCCCCUUUUUGAUCCCCAGGUUUUGCCCUACCUUGUUCAACCACUUAUUGCAUUCACGCCCCCACUCUUAACUGCCCCGCCUCCGCCAAACUUCGCGCAUCCGUCACCUUUGCGGACAAACCUUCUUCAGGCCGACUUUGAGCUCCUGUCCGAUUCAUGUUCUCAACUUGAAUCUCUUGCGCUCGAUGUCGAGGAUAUACGGCUCUCGCUAGCUCGCGGAUUUCUAUUUCCCGCCGAACACCAGGAUGUCCCUUGUCUACUUGCUAUGCUAGAUUUCAUUGAACAGGGGAGUUAUGCACCACUGUGGUACGUGCAACAUGAAGCAAGCUUCUCGAUGGCCGAUGUUCGAAACCAAGAAAAGGCUUUUGACGACUGCAAGGCCGCAGUUAUAAAGGCUGUUGUAGAGAUGUCCGGGGAGGACAAGAACACGGAUGUCUUGGUGGACGGAUCAGACCCGACUAAACCGGGUGGCUCAUAUGUCUCACGUCUGGUGAACUGGAUUCGUAACUUCGUACUCGGCGGGAUGCAUGGCAAUGCUAGAGAUGAUCUGGUUAUUUGCGCUACUCUGUCGCUAGGGAAUCUCAUGCGGCGAGAACUCCAGUCGACUAUCCUGCUUUCACCACCACACAAUAUCGCCCAGCUACUGUCUUCGGAAGUGCUACUCUCACGAUCAACGGACAUCAAGCUAAAGCACGGCGUCAUCGGCUUGCUGAAGCAUCUUUCACAGGCUUCCUGCAAUUCCGCUCCCAACCGUAUAGCACUUAGCAAUGCAAAUGUAAUCGACCGCGUGCUUGCCAGCGGUGUUUUGGACGAACGGAGUGAUGCGAUGGCAGACGUUGUGCAAGUGAAUGCCAUUGGAAUUGUGAAACACCUCUGUAAUGGAAGCUUCGACAAUUCUUUGAAAGUGAUCUUACCGGCUGAAACCGACAGCCCUCCGCCUACUGGACUCCCUCAAGUUCUCUCUCUAGUUAAGCGUUCAGACAAAGUGGCAAUCAAGAGUGAGGGCACUCGUAUUAUUGUCAACUUGGUGAAGUCGCUUUGGUCGAACGAUUCCCCGAAGGAAUAUCGCAGCGUUGAGGAAAUCCAGGUUCGGCAGCAGAAAAGAGACAAAGCGAUCACAUUGUUGCUGUCACCCUCGUGCACCGAAGCUCUCGUAGCUUUGUUGGGGAGAAGUCUGAAGUACCCCGUUUUGGUCAACGAGGCCGUAGUAGCUCUCAGCCUGUUGAGCACACAUCGUGAUGGUGGUUCGCUCGUGCUGCGGGCUAUCGUCGCUCCACUGCCUGCCGAGGUGAUGCCGGGCAUUCCUAACUCCAUGACAAUCCCGGCUACUCCUUCGACGUCCAGUGAAGCUGAAUCCCCUAGCAUUUGGUCACCGGGUGCGCGGCAUCGGCCCCCGCAGAGUCGUGCUCUUGAUCACCUCGUGUAUGUUCUCCGGAAUGUGUCCAAAAACGAUGAUGCUGCGGGUCUCCGUUCAGCCGCUACCUCGUACCCGAAUGAAGUUCGUGCAAACGUUUGCUCAUUACUUGGCCAAGUUACAAAGCACACGUCUGGCGGAGACGUAGAUGCUCUCAAAGAGGAGGUGAAGCCCGUGUUGGAAGAUCUGUCGCGGCAUAGCCAAGGUCUGGGUAGAGAAAUGCUAGGAAAUGCAGCAAAAAGGGUGCUCGAUAUGUGGGCGCAAGCGUAGAUUCACACUUGCUUGAUUACUACUGUGAUUACGACUAGGCUGUCGUUGUAUUGACCCGUAUACGCCUCCAACGCGACGCUGGUCUUGCCCGGCAAGUUGAGCGUUCCUAUCGACGAUGGGCGCUCGCUUCCAGUU